UUUCCCAGUCAACGCCAAAUUUACAAGAAGCGACUUAAGAAAACACAGCAGAUUACGAAGUCAUGGACGGAUAUAUAUAUUGGUUAUCUCUAAUACUUGCUUUAUAUACACAAGUGGUGGCAUCCCAAGUUCGAAAUAAACUCAAAAAUUUUGUGACAGUGACCAACGCUUACACCCAAACAGACAUACUCUUGAAAGAGCUACAUGACAAAACUCCUGAAGAAUGUGCCACUGUUUGUUUAUCAUUGGAGAGCUGUAAAUCAUUUGAGUUCUCAAAAGGUGACAGAAGUUGCUCUUUGAGAGAUGAUAUCGCUGGUUUGAAACUGAAGGUUGAUAAGACUAAAAAUUAUUAUCAACGUAUUUUCCCCGGAAUUUUGGUAAACGUCCUCGGUGCCAGCAUGCCUAAAUAUAACAAUUUGGGAAGAGUCAAUAACGUAAAUUUGACUGGGUGUAUAAAAUCCUGCUACAAAAAUCUCAAGUGUCAGUCAAUGGAGUUCAAAGAAGAAAACCGCAAAUGUGACCUGUCGAGUGCCUCCCAUUUAAACUCGACUUUGGAGCAGAGUAAACAUGGCUGGAGUUAUUACCAGAUCGAUAGAGCCAUGAUUACAACAACACUUUCUACAACAGAAAAAACUACAACAAAAAUAACAUCAACAAUUGCUAAAGUUCUAAACACAACAACUAAAGUCACAACUAAAACAAAGCAUCCGAUUACAAAAUCAACGACAGCAACAACUACCAGAGUGUCAUCCUUUGAUGGUGUAAUUGGCUGUUACAAAGACUCUGAAGAUAGGGCGAUGCCAAGUAAAGUCUGGGAAAAUCAAGCAAUGACAGCCAAAAUCUGUCGAGUAGUAUGCGGAAAAUGGGGAUACAAAUAUGCUGGUUUGGAAGAUUCAAUUUAUUGCUAUUGUGCUAAUAACUAUAGCAAACACGGCGUCUUGGAUAAGUCCAAAUGUUACUCCAAAUGUCCGGGUAAGCCAUCCGAUAUAUGUGGAGGCCGUUACGCACUAUCCGUAUAUUUUUCAGUUCUUUUUGUAAAGAAGCAAGAUUACAUCGGCUGUUUUCAUGAUAAAGCCAUGUCGAGGGUAAUGACAAGCAGAAUUUGGAUGAGUGAAAAUCUUACUAUAAAGAAUUGUCAAAAUAAAUGUGGCAAAUGGAAUUACAAAUAUGCUGGAUUGCAGCAUGGUUCCCUCUGCUUCUGUGGAAACAGCUAUGACAAAUAUGGUGCUGCUGCUGAAGACCUCUGUUAUUCAAGCUGUCCAGGCAACAAAGAAGAUUUCUGUGGAGGUUAUCUAACAAAUUCUGUUUACAAAGCAGGGAAAAUUUCAAAAGAAACGGAUUAUCUGGGCUGUUUUAUUGAUACAAAAUUGGCAAGAACUCUGGUGAGCAAGCCAUGGACCACGUCAAAUAUGACUAUUGAAAAGUGUAGAAAAGUAUGUGGCAAGUGGAAGAAUGUUUUUGCUGGUGUGCAGGGUGGCAGAUACUGUAACUGCGGAAACAGUUACGACAAAAAUAGUGAAGUUGGUGGAGACAAAUGUUUUUAUGGAUGUCCUGGUAAUAAAGAAGAGUUCUGUGGAGGUCUAUCUGCCAUCUCGCUUUAUCUUUCAAGUGAGUAA